UAGUACCACUAAUACACAACCCACAUUAAUGGUGUUCUUUCUGAACGUAAUUCGUAGGAAAAACACCAUGACCCAGGUUACAUUCUAAGCCGCUUAAAACUCAAAGUAGUAAUAUAUACUGUAAAGUUGGCCAAAAGAAACAAAUAAGAAGAUCUUGUUGUUUGGUUUCUAAGAGAAUUCUUAGUUGGUAAGAGAUGGAAAAUGGUGAUACGUAUAGAGUAAGUAGCUCCCGACUUGGUAGUUCGAGCAUCUGGAGGAACAGUGCUUUGGAAGUAUUUUCCAGGUCUUCUCGGGAAGAAGACGAUGAAGAAGCCCUCAAAUGGGCCGCCAUUGAAAAGCUUCCCACGUAUUUACGAGUACGGAGAGGCAUUUUAACCGAAGCUGAAGGCCAAGCCAGAGAGAUUGAUAUAAAGCAUCUUGGAAUACUUGAAAGAAGAAAUAUAUUGGAGAGGCUAGUCAAAAUUGCAGAGAAAGAUAAUGAAAAGUUCUUGAUGAAAUUCAAGAACAGAAUCGAUCGAGUUGGACUUGAUAUUCCAACCAUUGAAGUAAGGUUUGAGCAUUUAAAUGUUGAAGCAGAAGCUUAUGCUGGAGGCAGGGCACUACCUACAAUGCUUAACUUUUCUAUAAAUAUAUUAGAGGGGUUCUUGAAUUUUCUUCACAUUAUUCCAAGUAGGAAGAAAGCACUACCAAUUCUUCAUGAUGUUAGUGGAAUUGUUAAACCAAGAAGAAUGACAUUGCUUUUAGGCCCUCCAAUCUCCGGAAAGACCACCCUACUAUUGGCUUUAGCUGGAAAACUUGAUGAAGAUCUAAAAUUUUCCGGGAGAGUGGCAUACAAUGGACAUGGAUUGGAAGAGUUUGUACCAGAAAGGACAUCAGCUUACAUCAGUCAACAUGAUCUGCAUAUAGGAGAAAUGACAGUGAGAGAAACACUGGCUUUCUCAGCAAGAUGUCAAGGGGUUGGACCGCGCUACGAAAUGUUAGCAGAAUUGUCCAGGAGAGAGAAGGAAGCCAAUAUUAUGCCAGAUCCUGAUCUUGACAUAUAUAUGAAGGCAGCAGCAUUAGAAGGACAGGAAUACAAUGUGGUUACCGAUUACAUAUUAAAGAUUUUGGGACUUGAAGUUUGUGCUGACACUAUGGUUGGGGAUGAAAUGGUAAGAGGUAUAUCUGGUGGACAGAAAAAGCGGUUGACAACAGGAGAGAUGUUGGUGGGACCAGCAAAAGUCCUUUUCAUGGAUGAGAUAUCAACCGGUUUGGACAGUUCAUCAACAUUUCAGAUAGUGAAUUCACUGAGACAAUCCAUUCAUAUUCUCAAUGGAACUGCUGUUAUCUCUCUCCUUCAGCCAGCACCAGAAACUUAUGACCUGUUUGAUGAUAUAAUUCUCCUCUCAGAUGGAUAUAUUGUGUAUCAAGGUCCUCGUGAAAAUGUCCUUGAGUUCUUCGAAUGUAUGGGGUUCAAGUGCCCAGAGAGGAAAGGAGUGGCAGACUUUUUGCAAGAAGUGACAUCAAAGAAAGAUCAAGAGCAGUACUGGGCUAGCAAAGAUGAUCCUUACAAUUUUGUAUCCUCCAAAGAAUUCGCUGAGGCAUUUCAAUCAUUUCACAUUGGUCGAAAGGUUGGUGAUGAGCUCGCAACUCCAUUUGACAAGUCCAAAGGCCACCCUGCAGCUUUGACAACUCAGAAGUAUGGUGUUAGCAUGAAGGAGCUGUUCAAAGCUUGUAGUGCUAGAGAAUGGUUACUUAUGAAGAGGAACUCGUUUGUCUACAUUUUCAAAAUGACUCAACUUACUAUAAUGGCGCUUAUAGCAAUGACGUUAUUCUUUCGAACUGAGAUGCAUCACGAUACACAAACAGAUGCUGGGAUCUAUCUGGGAGCUUUGUUCUUCAUAAUCAUCAUAAUCAUGUUUAAUGGAUUCUCAGAGUUGGCAUUGACUAUCAUGAAGCUUCCUGUCUUUUUCAAGCAAAGGGACCUUCUUUUCUAUCCUGCUUGGGCAUAUUCUCUACCAACAUGGAUCCUUAAAAUCCCUAUCACCUUCAUGGAAGUUGCCAUUUGGGUGGUCUUGACUUACUAUGUUAUAGGUUUUGAUCCCAACAUUGAAAGGUUUUUCAGACAGUUCCUUCUACUUCUGUGCAUUAACCAGAUGGCAUCUGGGCUUUUUCGAUUCAUGGGGUCAUUAGGAAGGAACAUAAUUGUUGCAAAUACUUUUGGCUCUUUUGCUUUACUGGCUGUUCUUGUUAUGGGUGGCUUUAUCUUAACAAGGGAUGAUGUUCGCCCAUGGUGGAUUUGGGGUUACUGGAUCUCACCAAUGAUGUAUGGACAGAAUGCUAUUGCGGUCAAUGAGUUCCUUGGAAAAAGUUGGUCACAUAUUCCACCUAACUCGACAGAGCCGAUAGGAAUAACACUUUUGAAGUCUCGAGGAAUCUUCCCUGAGGCACGUUGGUACUGGAUUGGAGUAGGAGCCACAAUUGGAUAUAUUUUACUUUUCAAUUUUCUCUUCACUCUGGCUUUAAAAUAUCUCAACCCAUUUGGUAAGCCUCAGGCAGUGCUAUCUAAAGAAGCCUUCGAAGAGAAGAAGGAUGCUAGCAGAAUUGGAGAGUCCAUUGAUCAAUUAUCAUCCAGAGGGAGGAACUCGCAUGAAAGAGAGAGGAGGAACGAAAGUCGAAGGAGUAUAUCAACAAGGACAUUGUCUUGUAGAGUGGGCAGCAUCAAUGAAGUCAAUCCGAGCAGGAAGCACGGAAUGGUUCUUCCUUUUGAGCCUCUUUCAAUCACCUUUGAUGAUAUCAGAUACGCUGUUGACAUGCCUCAGGAAAUGAAAGCUCAGGGCUUACUGGAGGAUAGGCUAGAACUUCUCAAGGGUGUGAGUGGUGCUUUUAGGCCAGGAGUCCUAACAGCUCUGAUGGGAGUCAGUGGUGCUGGAAAGACUACUCUAAUGGAUGUCUUAGCUGGAAGGAAGACUGGUGGAUACAUUGAGGGAACUGUCAAAAUAUCUGGAUACCCCAAAAAGCAAGAAACAUUUGCUCGAAUUGCAGGGUACUGUGAGCAAACUGAUAUCCACUCUCCUCAUGUCACAGUCUAUGAGUCAUUAGUUUACUCUGCGUGGCUUAGGUUACCCCCAGAAGUAGAUUCUAGAACAAGAAAGAUGUUCCUUGAGGAAGUCAUGGAGCUUGUGGAGUUGACUCCAGUAAGGGAAGCACUUGUUGGACUGCCAGGCGUGAAUGGUCUCUCAACCGAGCAGCGCAAGAGACUGACAAUUGCAGUUGAGCUCGUUGCAAACCCGUCUAUCAUAUUUAUGGAUGAGCCAACCUCUGGCUUGGAUGCAAGAGCUGCAGCCAUUGUGAUGAGAACUGUGAGAAAUACUGUUGACACAGGAAGAACUGUGGUCUGCACCAUUCACCAGCCAAGCAUAGAUAUAUUUGAUGCUUUUGAUGAGUUGUUUCUUCUGAAGCGAGGAGGUGAAGAGAUUUUUGUGGGUCCUUUAGGCCGCCAUUCUUCACAUUUGAUCAAGUACCUUGAGGACAUUGGGAGAGUCCCUAAAAUCAAAGAUGGCUACAAUCCCGCCACUUGGAUGUUGGAGGUUACCUCAGAAGCACAAGAAGAAGCUCUAGGUGUUAACUUUACUGAAAUAUAUAAGAACUCAGAACUACAUAGAAGAAAUAAGGCCUUGAUCAAUGAACUAAGUAAUCCUCCCCCAGGCUCAGAGGAUAUUCAAUUCCCUACCCAAUACUCUCAAUCUUUCUUCAUGCAAUGCAUGGCUUGUCUAUGGAAACAACGCUUGUCAUAUUGGAGAAACCCGCCAUACACUGCAGUUAGACUAUUGUUCACUACUUUCAUAGCUUUGAUGUUUGGGACUAUAUUCUGGGGUCUUGGCACCAAAAGGCGAAGGCAACAAGAUGUUAUGAACGCAAUGGGGUCUAUGUAUGCAGCUGUUCUCUUCAUUGGUGUACAAAAUGCUUCAUCAGUACAGCCAGUUGUGGCCAUUGAAAGAACAGUCUUUUAUAGAGAAAGAGCCGCUGGAAUGUACUCAUCUAUGCCUUAUGCCUUUGGACAGGUAAUGAUUGAGCUGCCAUACAUAUUUGUUCAGACCAUUAUAUAUGGAGUAAUAGUAUAUGCAAUGAUAGGAUUUGAUUGGACAGUAAGCAAGUUUUUUUGGUACAUCUUCUUCAUGUACUUCACUUUUCUCUACUUCACUUUCUAUGGGAUGAUGACCGUUGCUGUGACACCUAACCAUAACAUUGCUGCCAUCAUUUCCUCUGCUUUCUACGCAAUAUGGAACCUUUUCUCUGGAUUCAUCAUUCCCAGAACGAGAAUGCCAAUUUGGUGGAGAUGGUACUUCUGGGCUUGUCCAGUGUCAUGGACUUUGUACGGAUUGGUUGCAUCGCAGUUUGGAGACGUAAAAGAAACGUUUGACUCGGGUCAAACUGUGGAGGAUUUUGUGAGGAGUUAUUUUGGGUUCGAAAGUGAAUUUCUGGGUGUUGUGGCCGUUGUCAUUGUUGGGAUUUCUGUGCUAUUUGGUUUCACAUUUGGGUUUUCGAUAAAGACUUUUAACUUCCAAAAGAGAUGAAACCAAGUCAAGCCAAACCAACCAAACCAUACUGUUAAGAAAUGAAAAUAACCUAACUCAGUGUCGUUUUAUGUGAAGUGCUACAAGUCGUUUCUCUUGUUUUAAUUUCUUUGACAACUCAUUAUUUAAAUAUGUUUGUAAAGAUAUUUGUUAGGAUUCUUUCUGUUAAAAUAUUCUUAUGUAGUCACCCGUGCACUGUAUAUUGAUGAUGAGCUGUACCUCACUGCAGUGUAUUUUAGAAGCUUUGUAAUUGUUUACCCUACUGAAUAUAAAUAUAAAAAUGUUAUCUCAUCCUCCACUUGAGAAGGAGAGCUGAACCUUAU